GAGUUUUCUUUCAAUAUUUGAAGUAUUUUAAAUCUAUUUGGUUUACUGAACACGUUUGAAACGGACGGAGAGUGCUCACGAAACACCUCAUCUAACUCACUCUCUCUCGCUCUUUUGAAACCGUCACAGAAAAUAUCCUCAGGAUAACUGAACUUGAGAAAAUGUGAAAGAUUGUCCACAGCGUUGUCCUUUGAGAUAGUUAUUUACACCAAUUCUUGUGUUGUAUUGACUGUAUAUAAUCGAAUAAUGUUGUAUGUGUGAAUCAAGAUUGAUUAUCAAUGUUUGUACUGCGCAAAACGUAUCAGGCUAAAACUCAUGUGUUCGUACCUUCUUCAAAUUAACAACUUGACCACCGAACGAGAUGGAUGCAAAUAAAGCAUACCAUUUUUAAUAUUUUGAAAUCAAAAGUGAUAACAGAAAAGGUGCGAAUCAAAAUGUUAUAUUCAAAACGAGGAAAAAAUAGUGGCCACAUAUCAAUUGUGGAAUAUAACAAGUGCUGAAAUUUGAAAUAUUUUUAGAAAUGUCAGUUCAGAUAUUCAAACAACCGUCAUGGUGUUCAACUUGUGAAAAGAUUCGAAAAAUAAAUGCUAGUUGUUCGAAUUGAAUUUUUUGAGCUGUUCAAACACGGACUCUUAAGUUGUAAUGGUCAAACCGUUUAACUUUUAUAUAAGCUAUAACAAAGUAUUGCCAUGGCUCAAAAUUUCUUAACCCUUGGAAUAAACGGUGAGCCAAUUGACUGGGAUUAUGCAAAUAAGUCUAGAAAUGUUUCAGCUUUACCAAUUGAUAUGCAGUUCAACCCUGGUCAUCGCUUACAGAUUGGAGUCUAUAGCAUUCUUAUGGUAGUAUCGGCGAUAGGAAACAUCACAGUUUUAACAUUGCUUAUAAAACGAAGGCUCAAAUCGCAUACUCGUUUGGAUAUGAUGUUAACGCACUUAGCAAUAGCUGAUUUAUUGGUGACCUUUCUGAUGAUGCCGCUAGAGAUUGCAUGGGCGUGGACAGUACAAUGGGUGGCUGGAGAUAUCAUGUGUCGAUUGAUGGCAUUUUUUCGCACAUUCGGGUUGUAUCUUUCUAGCUAUGUCCUUGUGUGCAUAUCCGUAGACAGAUACUUUGCUGUUUUGCAACCGUUGAAACUAUCCAAAGCAAGAGGAAAAAUUAUGAUCAUAGGGGCAUGGAUGUUUUCCACCGUGUGCAGCUCACCGCAAGCUUUGGUAUUCCAUGUAGAACCACAUCCCAAAGUCAGCUGGUUUUUGCAGUGUGUUACAUACAACUCAUGGAAUGGCAAUUAUCAAUUUAUCUACAACAUUCUAGGAAUGGUAUUCAUGUAUGCUUUGCCAUUGUUGACUAUCAUCUGCUCAUAUGCUUCUAUUUACAUGGAAAUUUUUAGGCAUAGUCGGAUGCCAAAUUCAGACGGAUUCCGACGAUCGAGUAUUGAUGUACUAGGACGAGCCAAGCGCAGAACGUUGAAAAUGACGAUAACAAUCGUAACAGUUUUUGCCAUUUGUUGGACACCAUAUUACGUAAUGUCUGUAUGGUAUUGGUUGGAUGCGUCAUCAGCUUAUUCUGUAGAUCAACGUGUUCAAAAGGGAUUAUUUUUGUUUGCAUGCACAAACAGCUGUAUGAAUCCAAUUGUAUACGGAGUAUACAACAUUAAACUCAGAAAGGGUCGCAAUUCGGUCAAUGCUAGACCAGGUCAGUCAUCGGUUAAACUUAAAAAUAUUACAAAGUACACUCAUCACUCUGAGUCUGUACAAUCAGCUACGUGUAAACAUAAUGCUCUCAAAGACGUGGACGAUCCUGCUAUUAAAAUUGUGUGAAUAAACGGUAUUUUAACGUCUAA